UGUUCUGUAUUAAGGGAACUGGGCUAUUUAUUUUCUUUCUCUACCGUUGUAUUCAAAUGAAAUUUGUCCUGCUAGUUCCGAAUACUGUUUGGCGACAGAAGCUUUUAGAUGCGUAGGCUUUGCUAUGAGCGAUUUACUUCCUAUUUUAGCGUCUAGAGUAGUACCACAAACGGGAAUGAGUUUCUAUGCGGUUUUGUUGAUUUUCCACUGCUAUUUCCACACUCGCUUGUUUCGUUCAUCGUUAGCUGAACAGGAAGCAGUAAACUCGGCCCGUCCUACGUUUUACCUCCGACGCUACUAGCAUUCACAGAGCGCAUGAUUAAACCUAUUU